AUGCGAUUGUCCCCGUUUGACGGGAAGGUACCGGCCAGUGGCUGCCGCUGCAUCGGGACCCUCUCCUCCCCCGUCCACUACGCGACCAGCGAGGGGACGGCGUGUGCUGAUUCCGACGAGUUCUUGCUGCUGGGGCUGGAGGAUGGCCGGAUGCUCUUCGUGGACGCUGAUUCAGACAAGGUGCUGUACCACGUAGUGCAGGCGCACAAAGGGCCGCUCAGCCUCAUAAAGCAGAGUGAGGAGCGUCGGUUAAUAUGCGUGGGCCAGGAGGCGGCCGGCAAGUGUCUGAAGAUCUGGAGUCUGCCCAAACUCGAUCUGCUCCAGGAAGUGCUGAUCCCUCAAAGCACCGCCAGCCUCUCCAUAAUAGGCAGCCACUUGUGUCUGGGGAUGGACUCGGGGUCGAUCAUCUUCCACAACGUUGAGGCUGCGGAAUCCAGGUUGCUGCCACCUUUUGUCACCAGAUUACCAGGUGAAAACCCCUUGCUCUCCUUUGAUUCAGAGAAGGUCUGUGAGUUGGACGAGAGUCAGGGGAUCCAUCUGAUGGGCAAGGUGUUUACUGACAGUUGCCCCAAGCAGAAUAUCUUCCUGAGUUGUAGUGGAGAGGAGGUGCUGAAGAUCUGGGAUGUUCAAGGGUAUCUGCUGACUGAGGUUGUCCUGGAUCACACGCUUACCUACGCCAUCUUCCUGAACAACCAGGCCGAUAUACUGAUGGGCUUCAAGAACCACCUCUUCCUCAUCCCUCACCAGAAGAUGCUUCCUGACCUCACAGAGACCACAUCCGUCAUUUCAUCUAAAGCUCCAGAAUCAGAUAUUUACGAGGACCCAAACAUUAAAUAUGACGACGUGCAGGUUGAUCAACAGGAGACAGAGGUUCAGUUGGACAUGGAUUCCUAUCUGGCACCCUUCCAGGAUAGAGCGCCGCUGCUGGCUGUGAGGAAGGCCAGCACCGUCUCAGAGAUCUACUCAAGUACAGAAGAGGAAAGAUCUACAAGUAAAGAGCAUUCUGCACCCUUCCAGGAUAGAGCGCUGCUGCUGGCUGUGAGGAAGGCCAGCACCGUCUCAGAGAUCUACUCAAGUACAGAAGAGGAAAGAUCUACAAGUAAAGAGCAUUCUAUCACAAGCGAUAAUCAGACAGUCAGCUUGACCCCAGAAGAUUCCCCUGUCAGUUCACUGCAGACUGUGGAUCAAGAGAGCCCGGACGUCCUGCAGACAAAGGUGGAUGAGAAAGAGCCUGAAUCGAGCGUGGAAUAUGACGAUUCUGUGCAGAAGAGUGCUUCAGAGGGUUUGCUGCCAAUGAUCUUGCCCCUAAGUUCUUCGAUGAGUUUGUUGUCUACCGUCAGUGAGAUUGAACUGAGUGCAGGGGAAGCGUCCCCCAUGCACACACUGCUCAAGUUGCCCAGGACUCAAGUCUCCUUGACAGAGAGCAGGCUAUCAGAAAACCUGAGAAAGCAGCUUCACAUCAGCCGAGCGGUCGUGGCGAUCAACAGGCUGCAGCCGUGCACCAAGGCUAACUUGGCUGACAGCACUGAGGUGGUCAGAAGAGGUCUGAAAAUUGACAGAUUCUUGACUGCGAACAAGCUACUGACCCAACAACAGAUGGCCUUCCCAUUAAACUCGAAUGAAUUAAACCAGCUGCUGUUCCUGAAUAUUUAUAAGAAUAAGUUGCUUCUCCAAGGAAAGAAGAGAAAGAGAAAUAAAAAAGGCCCAAGAUCGAAGAUGACUAUCCCGGAGUAUUUUCAGGUGACCAAGAAAAGAGCCAAGGAUUCAGAUCAAACCGUUUCACCAGUGAAGUUGAAAGAUAAGGAUGUGCACAGAGUCCCACCGGUGAAGACCUCAGUAAUGGACAAGCUUCAGUCGGAUCUACAGAGGAGGGAGGCAGGGGCUUUACUGCGCCAGGAACGCGCCGCCCGGAGUGAGGAGCGGCGGCUGGUGCAUCAGCUGCAGCGGAUACAGCGUCAGCGCAAGCUGCCCCGGCACCAAAACUGCAUCCAACCGCAGAGCGUACAAGUGACGGAGCCUCACGCCCAUAUUGUUCAGAGUGAAAUCCCACGCCUGACUGGGAGGGUCUCCGUCCCUUCCUCCUUGAGCAUCCCGCCGCUCUUUCCGACUCCACCGGCGGGGAGACGUCCCGACCACUACUCUGUUCCGAUGGACCCCCGUUACCGCACGUUCGUGGUGGUACGGGAGACGUACGCUCCGCCGGAGAUGCCCCUUCCGACGCCCUUGGAGCAGAGGUUGUUGAAGGAACGGUUCCCGAAUUACAAGGUCCCCUUGGCUCGGCAGAGACCCAAGCUGGUCGACAGGAAGAUCUACACCCCGGAUUACUUCGGCAAAUGCCAACGCUUCCUGAACGCUUCAGGAAAGUCUACGGGACUUUAGACCAGCUGCAGAUCCCAUGGACUGAAAUAUCUGCCCCGCCAACGGGCGAAAUAAACGUGUUCAAUUUCACUCCAUUCCUUAUGCAGUCGUUUGUAGUGAUAUUGCGCCUCUCCCAA